UAGAGCUGCUCCGUGAUUGGUGGAGACUCAUCUUUGCACUUUCUUUUUUUCCUGCAAGCUCCUUAUGUUCCCGUGUGUGCGUGCGGAGAGCGAGGCGCACCACUUCCAUCAUUUUGUUUUAAAUGAAACAAAUAAUUUUUGUUUGAAAUUAAGCCUAUAGCUGGAUAUAACUCCAUCAAACGGCAAACAUGACGGUAGGCCUACGGUCAAAUCGAGAUCAUGCACAACACUAUCGGCCUCGAAUGUCAUGUCUCAAAAAGCUGGAGGCCUUGGUUGUGGAAAUGCAGAGUGGGUUGAAGGGAACAGACCAGAAGCUCAAUGUCACCACCAUCCCCCAUGUACUGACAGGUCAGGAGAUUCUGGCAUGGAUUGCUAACAAAAUGAAAAUGGAAACCGAAGAGGCCCAGGCUUUUGGCACCAUGCUGGUGGCGUAUGGUUACAUUUACCCCCUGCAGGACCACAAGAAACUGAUUCUUAAACCUGAUGGUAGUUUCUACCGUUUCCAGCACUGUGAUUGUGUUUAUGCCAUUGUGCAGACGCCCUAUUUCUGGCCAGUGCAGAAGUGGCCAGCUGAGGAUCUAGAUUAUGCAAUUUACUUGGCCAAGAGGAACAUUCGCAAAAAGGGAUCUUUGGAGGUGUACGAACAGACACGCUACAAUAACUUCCACAAAUGGCUGAACCCCAAAUGGGAUUUCAUUGUGAUGCAAGCCUCAGAGCAAUACAAGGCAAACAAGCAGCGUCAGAAGGCUGACCGUGUGGUGUUUGACUGUCAGGAGCGGGCCUACUGGAUUGUACAGCGACCACCACCAAGAGCACACAGUGCCAUGGACUGUCUGGACCGCCUCUCUGAUCCCAACGAGGAGCCACAAACCUUUGACCACUUCAGAAGGACUACAAUCCAUCUGAAUCAGGCCAUGAUGAGGUCAAGGGUCAAAUCAACAGUAUCUCUGGGAGCUCUUGUCAAGGAUAUCACCAAGUACAAGAACCAUGACCCUUUCCUGGCCCCCUGCAUCCCCAGCAACCCUUGGCUGUCCAAUGACGACGCUUACUGGGAGCUCAACUUGCAAAGUGUGGAAGUUCCUACUAAAAUGCGAGUGGAGCGUUGGUCCUUCAGCCUCAUGGAGCUGCUCAAUGACCCCCGUGGUCGCAAGGACUUUAAGGUCUUCUUAAAGAAGGAGUUCAGCGGUGAGAACUUGGCGUUUUGGGAAGCUGCGGAGGUGAUGAAGUGGGGGUCUGCUGGAUCCAUGGCCGAACAGUCCCAGGCCAUUUUCAAGACUUUCCUGGCCCCCGGAGCCCCACGCUGGAUCAACAUUGACGGCAGGACCAUGGGCUUGACUGUGAAAGGUCUGGACCAUCCUCACAGAUACGUCCUGGAUGCUGCUCAGACCCAUGUCUUCCUGCUAAUGAAGAAGGACACCUUUUUCAGGUACCUAAAGUCACCUACUUACAAGGAUAUGCAGAAGAAAGCAAUCGAUCCUGCUCCACACAACUACAGCGAUGCCCAGGUGGAGCAAAACGGCAGGAACCUCAAGCCGGGCGUCGACCCCAUCAUCCUUUGGCAACGCAGUGAGGAGGAACGCAUGACGGCUGAGGCAGCAGCGAGACCCGUGGACAUCAGCCAGAUCAAGAACAAGCUGGACCGCAAGUAAACUGCAAGAUGACCCAUGACCCCCACGAAGACACGAAACAAAGCGGAAAAAAAACAGUUUAGGUCUGUUCACCCGUACAAGAUUCAACCAAACAGGAACACGUGCAGCAUGAGCUACAACUACCCAUGAAUGCCCCUUUAGUCCAUCUGAUUGGCUGUGGAAACUGGUCAUGACAUUGCAUGGUGGCCUCUAGAGCAGGAGUUUAAGGUAGACUCAGAUGGAUUUACAAGGAUAUUCAUAUUUAGUUUUUUGUUGUUGUUUAGCUCUUCUUGAAAUGUGAGGAAGUGAUAUAUUUGGAUGGAUAUACUUCUUAAAAAAAUGGAAUGAAAUGUAUUUUUAAAUAGUGAGAUCAUUAUAAUGAGGUCAUGGUACCACAAACAAAACGUAACAUAGAUAGCAUACAGCACAAUCUAGUGCCGUCUAUUGAAGCUAUACAAUAUGAGAAGUAUGAAUAUAUACAUUAAGGUAUACAGCGGGGAAAAUAAGUAUUGAACACGUCAACAUUUUUUUCAGUAAGUAUACUUCCAAUGAGGCUAUUUGCAUGAAAUCAGUCACCAGACAUUAGUAUUAACUCAGAUAA